AUGGAAGAGCUUCCAGGAAGGUCCCUCAGCUAUGAGGAGAAGGAAAAGUUGAAGGAAAAACUAGCAUUCUUAAAAAGGGAAUACAGCAAGACACUGGCCCGGCUUCAGCGUGCCCAGAGAGCUGAGAAGAUUAAGAAUUCUAUUAAGAAAACAGUAGAAGAACAAAACCCCUUGCUCCAGCAGGAAAUUUCACUACGGCUGAACCACUCAGAACCUAAAAAUAAAGUAUCUGCUUGUGACAAAUUACAAAUCAGCACCCAUCUUGAUGAAGAAACUGGAGAAAAGACGCAUUUAACGCUUGAUACUAAACCUGAGUCCUGUAACCUUGGAGAUGACCCAGUGGAAGAAUUACAUGUGCAGAGAACAGAUGGUACCCAAGAACAUUUUCCCUACAGGGUCAUUGACCCUGAUGGUAAGAAAAGGCAGGGUAAGCUGUCAGAGAGAAGAAAGCAGCAGAAAAGGACAUUUAUUUCUCAGGACAGAGAAUCCUUCUUUAACUCUGAUUCACUUAUACUAUCUGGAAAAACACUAAAGGAACACAGAACAGUCAAUAGGGAAAAGCCUAAGACUCCACCAUCUGAAAUAAGAACUCAUCUUUCUAGUCCUAAGCCUGAAAUUCCUGAUUCUCCAACAAUAGUUACAGAAAUUAAUAGAGGAAAUGUAUUAAUUCCACCAACUACCAAGCCAGAAAGAGAUACUGACAGACUAUUUAGAGGAAAUAAUUUUCCCAAGGAGACUGCAGGUCUUUUGCAUACAUCUUCAGCUACCAGCAGGGGCCAGCAACUUGAACACGUGCCUCCUAAAGCUACCUGUGAGCUUGCUAACAUUAGCAGUACUUCACCUGUAAACUUAGAGGCCCAAGGUAAAAACAUGACGAUCAUUACAGAUAACCCAGUGGUAACAAAAAAUAGAAAUGCAAGUCACCGGCUGCCUAGAGGUCUUUACUCAGCAGCGGAUCAUUCAUGUUUUGUAAAUGAGCUCACUAAUGAUAAUUUACCAGCAAGUGAAAACCAAAAUUUACAAGAACAGAAUCACACUGAGAAGUCUUUAAAAUCUCCCAAUAAUACUCUUGAUGGUAGUAAUGAAAUGAAUGAGGUUCUAACUCAGUCUAAGAGUUUUAGCCUAGAAUCUGUUUCUCCUGUUUCUAUGAAAAAUCCAGCACCUUCUUGCACAAUGCUUGAAGGUCUUCUGUUCCCUGCGGAAUAUUAUGUUAGAACAACACGAAGCAUGUCAAACCACCAAAAAAAUGUCGCCCUGGAAGCUGUCAUUCAGAGUCAUUUGGGUGUCAGGAAGAAAGGAUUUAAAAAUAAUAAGGAGGCAACUAAAAAGUUAAACCUUUCCUGUGAAGAAACUGACCAGAGUAGAAUUAGGAUGUGUGACACAUGGAUGGGGCAACCAAGUUCAAGAAGUCCUUCUCAGAAAUUUUUCUCAUUACCUGAGAUCAGCAGUUCCACCGUGCCUGCUAAAGAUAAUGAUUUUACUAAGAAAUCCAUUACUCAGCCCUCUGGUAGAAGAAACAGAGGAAAAAGGAAAUCAAUCUGUACCCCCGUGUUAGAUGUUCAAGAACUUAUUUUCCCAACUUCUAGAACAUCAAGUCUUAACAGAUCCAAGGACAACAUCACCAUGGAUAAAGGUCAAGGUGAAAAAGAAAUUAUUCAUGGUGAGAAGAGAGAGAAUGUGGUUGGGAAGGAAGGUCAUUGUCAAAAAGAGAACUCCCUUUCUUCCAGAGAUAAUGCUUAUUGUUUAGCUUUGGAUCAUGUUGCUUUCAGUCCUCCAUUUCAUAAGGACAAAAUGCUAAGUCUAAAGCAACUGUUGUCUUUUUUCAAAAUCACAGACUUUCAGUUACCUGAUGAAGACUUUGGACCUCUUAAGCUGGCAAAACUGAAGUCCUACUCAGAGAAAAUGAUUGAGUCUUCUGAAUCAAAAAUGUGUGCAGAGAGGCCCCUUAAAAAGGGAAACUGUGCUAUAUUGGAGGAACUGCUUCCUAAACAGAUAGAUCUAGACAAGGAAGUCUUGGAAAAGGAACUCAUUUUUCUACCAGGAAAAACACAUCCUAAAAUGCCAAACCUAGAAAGCCAGCCUAAGAAGAAGGAUCUCUCUUCGUCCUUGUUACUUUUCACUCCUUCAGAUACUCUUGGACCUGAUGGUAAUGACAGGCCCACGGCAGACGUGUGUUCACCGGCCUUACCAAGCUUAGGCAUGACUCCAGCUUGUGGCUCCCUAGCACACUAUGAAAAUGUGUCUGCAAAAGGUGUUGGAUGUACUUGCUAUACACCCCAACUUUCUCACUUGAAAGACAUAGUCAAUCUUGGUAGUGAUGAUAGACAAGGCAACAGUUCAGUUGGUCCCUCAGAAUUGGAUACCAGCCUCCAUGUGUUAGAUAGGAAAGGACAACCAGACCGUGACUAUGACUUGGGCUCCCACACAGCACCUGUACUCCAGGAGUCAUUCACUGCCAAAGGAAAUGAGCUACAUGGAAGUCCAUGCCCAGAGUUGUGUGAAGAUUCAGUUGAGCAGACUGAAAUAACAGACCUUCCUGCUUCUGAUAGCUUAAACCCGGGCAACCUACAAUUGGUUUCAAAGUUAAAGAAUCCUUCAGGUUCCUGUUCCGUGGACGUGAGUACCACCUGGUGGGAAAUAGCUGGUUAUAAAGAGCCAUGCAUCAUAACUGCUUGUGAAUAUGCAGUUUCCCUUUGGAAACCUCUGGAUACUUGGCAGUGGGAAAAAGUUUAUUCCUGGCAUUUCACAGAGGUGCCAGUGUUACAGAUUGUUCCAGUGCCUGACAUCUGUAAUCUUGUGUGUGUAGCUUUGGGGAAUUUGGAAAUCAGAGAGAUCAGGGCUUUACUCUGUUCCUCUGAUGAUGAAAGUGAAAAGCAGUUGCUUCUGAAAUCUGGAAAUAUAAAAGCUGUGCUUGGCCUGACAAAGAGGAGGCUGGUCAGUAGCAGUGGGACCCUUUGUGAUCAACAAGUAGAAAUUGUGACGUUUGCAGAAGAUGGAGGAAGCAAAGAAAAACAAUUUUUGAUGGCCCCAGAAGAGACUAUCCUAACUUUUGCUGAGAUCCAGGGGAUGCAGGAAGCUCUGCUCGGUGCCACUGUAAUGAACAGCAUUGUAAUUUGGAAUUUAAAAACGGGUCAGCUCCUGAAAAAGAUGCACAUGGGUGACUCCUGCCAGGCCUCAGUCUGUCACAGAGCCUAUUCUGAAAUGGGGCUCCUGUUUGCUGUUCUGAGUCACCCUUGUGCCAAAGAGAGUGAGUGGCUGGGAAGCCCUGUGUUUCAGCUGCUUGUGAUUAACCCCAAGACGUCCCUGAGCAUGGGUGUGAUGGUCUACUGUCUUCCUCAAGGGCAAGCUGGCAGGUUCCUGGAAGGUGACGUGAAAGAUAAUUUUGCAGCUGCAGUGUUGACUUCUGGAACGAUUGCCAUUUGGGACUUACUUCUGGGUCAUUGCACUGCUCUCCUUCCUCCUGUCUCUGACCAAAACUGGUCUUUCGUGAAGUGGUCAGACACAGAUUCUCAUUUGCUGGCUGGGCAGAAGGAUGGAAAUAUAUUUAUAUACCACUACUACUAA